AGGAACUGGCCAGCAAACAUGGGAUUUUCCAAUUGAGCGCACCCAGAAAUCUCCUCCAUGAGCACAUUCACAUCCAGUAUACAUCAAAAUGGCUUCAUCCCAAAAUGCAAUUGAUUUUUACCUAUCCGAAGUAGAUGCUCGAAUUGCGGAGAAACAAGCUCAACUAGAGGAGGCGCUGGAAAAAUCUGAAAACGUGCGAAGCCAUGCGGAGACAAUUCAAAAUUUUAUUGGAAAAUAUUCCAAUUUCGAGUCAAGAGUCAAAGACUUUCAAAAUGAAAUUGUAGAAAUGGACCGAUUGAUUGCAGAAAAACAGGAAGAAAUUGACGAAAAUCGCAAUUUUUCGAGGAGAGAAGAAGUUCAAAUGACGAAAUUAAUGGAAAAAUUAGAAAAAGUGACGGAAGAAAGAAAACAAAAAGAGAGAACUUUGCUGAAAUUAUAUGAAGAAGAAGGGAAAACUAUGGAUUCAUCCGAUGAUGAAGAUAAUAUUAAUUUUGAAUUUCAGAGUUCUGAUAAAAAUUGAAUGUUUCUAGUUUU